AUGGGCUGCAUCGGAGCGAAGAGCACUUACGGCAUAGAUCCUCAGGAAAUUGAGGGGCAGGUGCACAACCUCCGCCAGAGGUAUGGCAGCGACGUCCUCAUCAUGGGCGUCAAGGACCAGAACGUUCCGGGCAAGCUGUGCUUGGCAGGGGGCAAGUCCUCCAUCACGGACGCGCUGGUCAAAGACAUCGAGAAUUGCCUCAAGUCGGACGAGAAGAACCGGGGCAUCACGGUGCAGCAGGACAAGUACGACAUGAUGUGGUCGCAUAGUUGGCAUAACACUUCGCUCACAACCGGCCACUCGACAUUCUCACUCCAGAAGUCGUACUUCCCUCGCGGUAAGAUCUUUGUGAAGCUCCUCGACACCAUCUCGAAUCACGGGUGGGACCUCUCCGCGGCCCCGAACUUUGGCGGCGUCGAGUCCAGGGACGACAAGGGGAACGUGACCUCGACGGUUGAUUUCCCAGUGUUCAUCUUCUACCG